UAUUAUCACCGUUAGAGGGCUUCCGGUCACGUAAGUGGAAUGUUGUUUGUUUCCGAUCUUGUAAACUCGUUACAAAUUGUAGUUUUUAGUUGUAAAAGAAAAUGGAAAAUGAUGUACGCUCGCUUGUAAAAGCCAUUACUGGCUUCGAGGAAAAUUCAGAAAAUUUUCGUUUGUGUGUACAAUACGUUAAUUCGAAUUUUAAGUAUCGCCAUUUUUUGGAUGUUAAUAGUAAUCAAAUUCAGAAAACUAUAAAGGGUCUGUGCGAUAAAUUCGUUAUUUAUUGUCAAGAUAAAAAGGCUCAAACCUUUCGAUCUUUAGUAGAAACAUUUAUAAAAGAUGUGAAUUCCAGAACACCUUGUGGAAAUGAUUUAGCCUACUCCAUCUUAUCGUUGCUUUUGAAUCUUUCUGCAUCGCCGACUGACAAUGAAUUAUCCUACAUUGACGAAAACGAUAGUGCCAUAGUCAGUGCUGAUGAAGUAGACUGGGGAAAGUAUCUCCUGGAAGGUGAAUUGGAUCAUUCCUUGAUCAGUUAUCACGAAUAUUCGGAGGAAGAAGAUGAAGAGGUCGUAGAAGAUACCGAAGAUCAAAUUAUGUCUGUUGAAACGAUACCGCCGGAAAGAGAUGAUUCCGGAAUAGAUAUCACCGGAAGUACCGAUAGUAAAUCCACAAAUUCCCAGGGACCGACAACUUCCACUUCUUUUCAUCCAGAGUCAAAAGAGCGUAUAUGGCUUCAGAAUAACAUAGUAGCUCCUUAUUGGAAUAGUCACUCUGAUAUUGAUUCAUUUGGAGUACCAAGUAAAGCUAAAGUUGCAAACCUGUUGAAAGAAUGGGAAGAGUAUCUGGAAACUUUUCAGUUGACUGGUAAAAACGGUAACAUUACAUUAUCAGAACGUUUAAUUUUAAAAGAGGUAUUGUGGAUGUUGCAAGGAGUGCCAGAUCUUGCAUUAUUUGUUUGGAAAGAUGGAAGUUUUCAAGUAAAGCCUGUGCAGAUGUCCCAUGUAACAGAUUUGACACUUUAUAAUUUCUUGUCUGAUCUUUGUUCUUAUGGAAGUUUUAUAAAACAUUUGCAACAAUUCAUCAAAGUUUCUGGCAAAUUAGAUUUUCGAUCUGCUGUAUGUUCUCAGACUUACCAAGCAUUUGCAGAUAGCGUAAAUAAGAGUUUAAAAAAAUUUUUUGAAGAAAUCACAAAAUUUGAAAAGCAAUUAAUAGACCAAAAUCAAACAAUAACAUUAAUCCAAAUGACUGAUGAAUUGAAGUCAUAUUUUGAAGAAAUAAAAAUUCUUUAUACUAUUUAUAAAGAUGGAAUUAUCUCAGCACCGUCGGAUUCUCCCGCUUGGAAUAGAUCUGUAAGAUUAUUAACUAUUUUAUUUAGAUAUUUAACAUAUCAUACUACUUGGACUUCUAAUUCUAGAAUUGUUUCUUUGGUGUUGAGCAUAUUUCUAAGAACAUUUCGACCCUAUCUCAAGUUGUUAGAUGAUUUUAUAAGCAGAGGGAUUCUAAAUGAUCCAUGGCAAGAGUUUAUUGUUGAAAGAAUAGAAAUUAAUGUUUUGGAUGAAAAUUUCUGGAAAAAUGCAUUCUUUAUGCAUCCAAUACCAAGUGAUAUAUCUCAAGAUUUUAUUUUACAGCCAUUGUUAUCAAAUAUUAUUUUAGCUGGAAAAUCUAUGGAAAUUAUUAGACGUUUAGGUUGUUCAAACAAAGAAAAAUAUAUGAUAAAAAAUGUUCUUGAUAAAUCCUUGUAUGAAGAAUUUUUACUCAUGCUCCCUGAUGUAUUUAACAAGAACAAAUUGGAUAAUGACAAUACAGAGAUAAUUUCAGUUUCUAAUAAUCAAGAAAGCAAACAAAUGUCUAUAGAUAAAGAAAAUUUUGAUAAAGAUUUCUCAGAUUGGUUGACAACAAUAAUUAAUAAUAAUCCAUUACUGCAUUAUAAUUUUUCUAACAUGAUUAAAUGCACAAAUUCUCAAGUACUGGAAACAACUAUAGAAAGUUUAGAACAGAAAGCAAUACUUUCUUAUUCAAGUCAAUAUCCAAUUUCUAUUAGCAUUAAAACAGUAUUGCAUACUUGUAUUGAAAGAAAAUGUCAGAUAAUUAGUAAAAUAUUAAUUGAUAUACUUAAAGAAGAAUAUAAUUUAUUCUAUCAUAUGAAAAUAAUUAGAAAAUUUUUUCUUAUGGAACUUGGUGAUAUGCUAUUUGCUUUCUAUUCUGAAAUAUUUGAGAAAUUGUGUAAUGGAGAGGUAUGGAAAGAUAUGGCAUUUGUAAAUGCUGCACUUCAGGAUGCAUUACUGUAUCAAGAUCUUAAUACACAAAAUCAAUUAACAGUUAGUUUGGAUCUAAAUCAUUAUAAUAAUAGAAACAACAAACUUAAUGAAUUAAAUUCAUUGCAUUUUUCAUAUAAAUUAAGUUGGCCAUUAAAUGUAAUUUUAAAUUUUUCCUCUCAACAGAAAUACCAUGAAAUUUUUAAUUUUUUGAUGCAAGUAAAAUGUGCUAAAUAUGCAUUAGAUGAACUUAGAUUUGAAGAAUUGAAAAGUAAAAAAUCGUCACCAGUUUUUGAACAUGAAUCUGAAUUACCACUUUUUCAAAAAAUUCAUUCCAUGUAUCUUUUACGAAUGAGAUUGUUAUAUUUUAUAAAUAAUUUUCAUAUGUAUAUUAUGACUCAGAUUCAGCAACAUGGAGGUUCUGAGUUAAAGAAAGAACUCCAGAAAGCCAUAAAUAUUGAACAAGUGUUGAAUUCUCAUACUUGCUAUUUGGCACAAAUUUAUGAAUAUUCUCUUCUUCAUCCAAAAUUUGCUAUUUUGAAAGAUGCUAUAACAUUAAUUCUGAACUUAGCAUUAAAUUUUCAACAGUGUUGGAAGAAUGGUAUUGAUAAUGUGAAAACUGAAAAAUUAUGUAACAUAGAAAAAAAUUUUACUCAUUGUGUUCAUUUUUUGCAUUUACAUUUGAAAAAUACUUCUCAAAAUAAAGUAAUAUCACAUCUACAUGUUCUUUUAUACAGCUUGCAGUCACAUAUUUCUCUUCCUCCAAUUACAAAAUUUUAAAUUUGUCAAUGUAUACAUUAUUUAAAUUAUAUAUUGUCAACAUUUGAUAUUAAUGUUUGAAGUGUUGAAGAUUUUCAUAGCAGCUAUUAUGUUGUGAAAUUAUGUUGUUCAUAUUUUAUUUGUACAAAAUGUAUAUAUAUACAGUAUAUAUCAAUCAGUUUUCUGUUUUACUAAA